AUGGAAUCCCAAAUACCUUCCAACACAUCGGCCGCCGCUGGGGGGCAAAUACCUGGGCCUCCCAAGGAGAUGAAGAGGUUUCUGGGGGGUUUCCCAACGGCAACGCUCGAUGUUCCCAUCACCUCUGUCUUCUUCCUCUGCUUCGCCCUGCUAGGCUACCUGCACAUCACAACCUACAAAGCCAACGCAAAGCGUGGCCACAAGUUUCUUCUCUCGAGUCUCAUGUUCGACUUUUGCAUGGUCCGGGUGACGACUUGCAUCUUUCGUAUUCUCUGGGCCUUUAUUGGACUUCAGGCCCCUGGCAUCAUCCUCGUCGCCAACGUCUUUCAAAAUGGAGGAGCCGUCGUCAUCUUCGCCGUCAAUCUCUUCUUCGCUCAACGUCUCGUGCGUGCGAUGCAUCCAUCCAUCGGCUGGCACCCAGCCUUUAGUCGCUACUCCUUUUUUCUUAUAUGGACCUGCCCCAUCGUGACGGUAAUCAACAUAAUCGCUGUUUCCGUCAGCUUUAUGGUCCCAUCGCAGGAGAUGACAGCGGAAGCUGUGCUCAAGGUGGGCGCGUGCUGGAACAUGAUGCUCGUCGGCACACCACUUCUCUGGCUCUUCCUCGCUUGCGCCAAACCUGGACCGCCACCAGAGAACUUUGGAACGGGCGACUUUCGUUUCAAGACGACAUUGCUCGUCUUCAGUGCCUCGGUCAUGACGGUAGGAGCCGCUGUGAGGCUGACGAUAUCGACAAAUCGUAUGGCGCCGGACGAGUUAUUCAGCAAGGCCACUCUCUACACGACACAGUUCAUCCUCGAGCUGUUGACAGUUGCCGCCUAUGCCUUCUUCCGCAUCGACCAGAUUUAUCACAUCCCCAAUGGCUCCAGCGGACCGGGCGAUUACUCUGCUAACAAACGACCGACCCCUCGGCUACGGACACGAUACGAAAUCGAGACGGAGAUUCGCAAGCUCGGCAUCCGGUACGAGAUUCUUGCAUCAAAGAAAGGGGGAAAACUUGGGCCACUUUUGGCAAUGCUUUAUCCUGCAUCAGAGGAGUUUCCGACUCCUUGGAGUGAAAAGACACUGCCAGACGUGCCUCAGGAAUCAGAAUAUGCUGCUCUGCCUCCGAGACCCCGAAGGGUGUACGAGAGCUCGGAAUUCUCAGGCGAAAUCGGUGCCGCUCUGAACCUGACGCCAAACGGUGUUCGCGUCCUUCAGCAUCUGGGAUUUGACUUUGAACGGGCUCGGGCCGUGCAAAUGCUGAACUGGGAUACCGUCAAUGGCAUCGAUCUCGGCAAAAUCGUUAGCCAGGACCUAAGCGCUGCCACCGAUAUUUUUGGCGCACCUUUCUACUCCGUGCACCGAGUAGAUUUGCAUAACGAGCUCAUGCGGUUGGCUGAUGCUUCGGAGCCUGAAGACUCAGGGGCAGGGACGGAGGUGGACGAGGCACCUGGUGGCAUCGAGCUACACCUCGGCUCCCGCGUCGCCCGCGUCGAUGCCCAAGAAGGCAAGAUGGAAUUUGUGGACGGAAAGGUGAAGCAUGCCGACCUGAUAGUCGGUGCCGAUGGCCUGCGCUCCGUCGUGCGCGAAGCCGUCCUCCAGGACGCCGACGACCCCCCCGUGCUCCAGGCAACGGGCCAGAGCGCCUUUAGAUUUCUCAUCCCGACCGAGGACCUAAAACAAACCCCAGCAGGGCAGGAUCUCCUGGCAUGGAAGUCGUCUGGCGCCUGCUUGCUGGCGGACACCAAGCUCAUCGACAAGGAGCGGCAUAUCAUGUGGUACCCUUGCCGAGCGGGUAUGAUUCAGAACUUUGUCGGGAUCCAUCCAACAGAGGAUACGGUGCCGUCGUCAGACGCAGACCAAGAGGUGCGGGAGCAGAUGUUGAAGCAGUUUGGGCACUUUGAUGCCAAAAUUGUUCGGAUUCUCGAGUUCGCAAGGGAUGCAAAAUGCUGGCCACUCUUCUCCAUGAAGCCUCUUUCUUCCUGGACGUGCGGGAAAGCGGUGCUCAUCGGUGAUGCCGCUCACCCGAUGCUUCCCUUCGGCGGACAGGGCGCCAACCAAGCGAUCGAAGACGGCGGUGUCUUGGGCCGGGUCCUCAAGGGCGUCGAUGACCUCACCAUCCUCUCCGAACGACUCGCACACUUCAGCAAACUCCGGCUACGACGAGCAUCACGGGUCCAAAUUCUAUCGAGCGUACGGGCGAAUCAGGAAGGCCUCGUGAGAGACAAGCUCAGUCCGUACAUGGAGACAGGGGUAACAGGCAAGUCGACCCGAUGGGCCGGACAGCUCGGACACCGACAGUGA